AUGGAGCUUCCAGAGAGCGAUUUCUUAGACCUCAAAAUGACUAUGCUGGAGAAGGGAUCACCACCUUCCCAGCACAUGCUCCGUCUCAUCGACUACAUGCUGACUAAAUCGACCUGGGGAGAUUCCGUCUUGAUUAUAGGAAACAUCGGACUUACUGGGCUGUCUGAUCGUACUGCCUUGCUCGCUCACUUCGAAUCUCUUUGUGCGUCACCAAAAACGAAGGCGUGCAUUGCGGUUACAUUACAUCCCGAUAUUACCACACCACUAUAUAGCCAUCUUUCCGUUGUCGAAAGUAAUACCGAAUACAGGGAAUUCUUAGCGUCGCUGCUUUUCGACGGCAUGAACGCUCGAAGAUUGCAGGUCUCCCCGGCGACAGCAUCAACCAAUAAAUGGGUCUGGGAAAAUCAGGCUUAUACGGAUUUUCGCCACAGAGAUUUCGGAAUGCUAUGA